GUGUUUCCUGCGCAACGAUAUCGGCACUUUCAAACCCUACUCGCAGGGUUCUUAACAGAGAAGUGAAGGUUAGCGAAAGGAAAAUUUCCGAACAUGAGUAAGCUUCAAAGCGAAGCCCUCAGAGAGGCAAUUACUCAGAUUACUACCGAUGCAAAGGAAAAGAAACGUAACUUCACUGAGACCAUCGAGCUCCAGAUCGGCUUGAAGAACUACGACCCUCAAAAAGACAAACGUUUCAGUGGUACCGUGAAAUUGCCUCACAUUCCACGUCCCAAAUUGAAAGUUUGUAUGCUUGGAGAUGCCCAGCAUGUUGAAGAGGCUCAAAAGAUUGGUCUUGAAUAUAUGGAUGUUGAGGGUCUGAAAAAGUUGAACAAGAACAAGAAGUUGGUGAAGAAACUUGCUAAGAAACACCAAGCUUUCUUGGCUUCUGAGUCUGUCAUCAAGCAGAUUCCUCGUUUGUUGGGCCCUGGUCUAAACAAGGCAGGUAAGUUCCCUACUCUUGUUACCCACCAGGAAUCCCUUGAGGCCAAGGUAAAUGAGACCAAAGCAACUGUAAAGUUCCAACUGAAAAAGGUGCUCUGCAUGGGAGUUGCUGUUGGAAACUGCAGCAUGGAGGAUAAACAGAUCUUCCAGAAUGUGCAAAUGAGCGUUAACUUUCUUGUUUCUUUGCUGAAGAAGAAUUGGCAAAACGUGAGGUGCUUAUACUUGAAGACAACAAUGGGAAAGCCGGUUCGCAUCUUUUAAGCAGUUUAUUUAUGUUUUCAUUUUGGGUUAAUGUUGAGGUUGGUACUUGAAAAGGUUGUUUCCCAUCAACAGGAGAUGUUCCAUUUUGGUUGCUACUAUAUUUUUAGACGGUUCUCUUCAGACAUUUAUUAUAAUUGUUUUUUUAUGUAUUAGUUCUUUAGAUUUCUCUCUUUCAAUUUUACUGUGAACAAAAACUUCGUGAUA